CAGCCCCUAAACAACGUUGAUAUUUGGAGGGAAAAUCGGUUGAGAACCCUAAAUUUAGCUGUCCCCAAUUUCUCAUGCAAUCCACGGUUUAUGACAAAAAUUUAAGAUAUCAUGGUUUCCAACUCCCAUGGAAAUUCUCAAAGCCCCCAACUUAUGGUAAAAGAUCCUGACUUUGACCAAUUCACUAAUAACCCAAAUCAUGUACGAGCUUGACGGCGGUAUGAUCAAACCCGGGCAAGCCCCCGGUAUUGAUACGGAGGUACGGAGAAGUUUCAAGGUACUUUCAGGAUAGAAAUGGUGUCAGGUUGCUUACUGUUGACGGCGGCGCCGGCUGUGGGGCGUCAUUUUGUUUCAAUUUGGAUAAGGUGGUUGAAGGCUUGAAGCUUCUAGCUUGGAUGUUAGGAACCUUUUUAUUGUCAAGCAAGUCAGUGAAAAUAUGAGCUGUGUAAACUGUAAAGUGGAAGUUUUUAGCUCUGCUUUUCAAGUUCUUGCACUCAGGUAAAUGGGAUUAUGGUUACUUUUUCUUGGAGCAGUUGUCUCUAAGCUUACAUCAAAUCAAUUGAUUUUUUUACAAAAUGGAAAACAAUUCAAUAGUACAAAAAAUGAAAGAAAAUCCUGGGGCUGAUUGUAUAGCAUUUACGUGUGAGAUCAUCAUCUGCAUUCUGAUUUGCUGACAUAUACAUGAUCUUUCCUGCUCUGGCGGCGUAAAAAAGCUAAUGUGAUAGAAAUCAUUUGACUGCUAAUCUACAACUUCACGUCAAACAAAUAUAUAAAUGGAGAGAAUCCAAAGUAGCAAGGCAAAUGAGAAUUCCAGCAGUUAAUGCAAAACUUUGAAUAUGACUAGGAAACCAAAACGAAGUCCUUCUUUCUUCAAGGUUUUGAUAGGAGACUUCGAUAACAAGCUGAGAAUUCCACCAGCUUUUGUGAAGUACGUUUUGAAAGGAAAUGUGCCCACCAUGUUCACAUUGUAUUCUGACUCAGGGAAUUCAUGGCGAGUUAGAGUCAUGGUUGAACAAGGAAGCUACUUUUUCAACAGUGGAUGGUCAAAAUUUGUGAAACAUCAUGACCUGGAAAUAGGGGAUUUUCUGGUUUUCUUUUUGGUUGAUACUUCAACGUUUGAUGUUCUCAUUUAUAAUGGAACUGCAUGUGCAAAGAACAUCAUUUUGGCUGCUAAGAAACGAAAGUGCCUACCACCUUUAGCUAAUAGACAAAUUGAAGAAACCCCAAGCCAAAAAUGUGCUUCAGUUUCCAAGAAACCAAGAGCAGUUUAUCGUGCGAGAAGUGUUAGCCAAGAGGUUGAGUCUAUAACAGAAGUAACCCGUAAGCAUGUUUCAUUUGUAAUGGUGGUGAAGAAAUACCAUAAAUACUUUGCUUGUGUCCCGAGGUGUUUUGCCAAAGAAACAGGCUUGUUAAAGGAAUCCAUAACGUUGAUUAAGGGACCAAGAGGUGGGAUGUGGCCAAUGAACACCACCGAGUGUGGAAAACAGGUUCGUUUGGGUGGCGGAUGGUCCCGGUUUCUGCAUGAAAACGAAAUAGUUGUUGGAGAUACCCUUUUGUUUGAGCACAUUCCAAGUAAAGGCAAUUUAGUCCACGUACAGAUUGUUAACAAGGAUAGAUAUAGAAACCGUGGGAGACGAAACAAACAAGCAGAUGCCAGUGUGAAGAACACCAGCCCUGCUGCUAAGCGACCAAGAGUUCGGCCUGGCAAGCAAAUUGAAGAACCACCAAGCACAAAACAUGCUCCAAGUUCCAAAAGAACCAAAGGUGUAAGCAUUGGAAAUGAUGAGAUUGUAUCAGAGUUGACCCCAAAGAAGGCUUCAUUUGUAAUGGUUUUGAAGGAAUACCAGAAGUACUCUGCUGUUGUUCCAACCAGUUUUGCCAAAGAAAUGGGCUUGGCAGAGAAACCGAGCACCAUAAUAAAGAACUCAAAGGGUAGGAAGUGGCUGUUAAACACCAUAGUUGAUGCAAAAUCACAAGUUCGUCUAGGUGCAGGAUGGUCACAGUUUGUGCAAGAAAACAAGCUAGAACUUGGAGAUACUCUCUUGUUUCAGCACAUUCCCAAUACUGGUAAUGUCAUUAACUUAACGAUUAUUUGCAAGGUUGGAGAUGGAAAUAAUAGGAAAAGGAACAAGUGAGCAAAUGUAGGUUAAAAAGUAGUAGCAUACCAUCAUUUGUAAUUUCUCUACCACUCUUUUGUAUCAAAUUGUUGAAAUGGCAACCAUGGGUUUUAUGUAUGAUCAUGUUUUUACCAGUCUCUCUUUUGCUUGGAUGGUAAGAAAAAAAUAGUUUGAUUAUGGAAGUGCAGGA